CCGCCCACGCCGCCCAGGACCCCCGGCCACACCCGGAGGGGCGGCUCGGCGGGACGCGUGCCCGGGGUGCCUGGAGACAUGGACUUGGAGCAGCUGGACCUGCACCCCCGGAUCAUGGCUGCGCUCAGGAGAGCCAAACUGACCUCUGUCCAGGAGGUUCUGCGCUUCUCCGGACCCGACCUGCAGAGGCUGACUGCCCUGUCCAGUCCUGACGUCCAGCACCUGCUCAAGGCUGCCUCCUUGCGCCUGCGCGGCAGCAAAGUCCUAACAGCGCUGUGCCUGCACCGCCACCAGCACUGCUUCCCUGUGCAGCACCAGCGCCUGAGUCUGGGCUGCCCGGUGCUGGAUGGCUUCCUCCGUGGCGGCCUGCCCCUGGACGGGAUCACCGAGCUGGCUGGCUGCAGCUCAGCAGGGAAGACCCAGCUGGCACUGCAGCUCUGCCUGGCUGUGCAGUUCCCCCAGCGCUAUGGAGGUCUGGAGGCCGGUGCUGUGUAUGUCUGCACGGAGGACACCUUCCCCGACAGGCGGCUGCAGCAGCUCAUCCCCCGGCAGGCCCAGCUGCGCGCCGACGUCCCCGCGGACGUGGUCAGGAAGAUCCGGUUUGGCAGCCAGAUCUUUGUGGAGCACGCCGCGGACGUGGACACCUUGCUGGAGUGUGUGACACACAAGCUCCCUGUCCUCCUGGCCCGGGGCAUGGCCCGUCUGGUGGUCAUUGAUUCGGUGGCAGCCCCCUUCCGCUGUGAGUUCGACGUGGGGGCCUCGGCACCCAGGGCCAGGCGUCUGCAGUCACUGGGUGCAGCCCUGCGGCGGCUGAGCCACACCUUUCAGAGCCCCGUGCUGUGUGUCAACCAGGUGAGCCUGCGGGCGGGCAGGGGGCGGGCGGGGGCCUCGGGCGCUGGCCCUGACAUCACUCUUACAGGUGGCAGACACGAUGGAGGAACAGAGCAUGGCAUGGGGACCACGGGGCUCAGAUGGCAGCCACGUGUGCCCAGCACUCGGCCUGGCCUGGGCCAACCAGCUCCUCAUGAGGCUGAUGGCAGAGAGGUUCCACGGAGCGCAAGCCAUCCCCGGCCACCCGGCUCGGAGCCUGCGGGUGCUGUUUGCCCCUCACCUGCCACCCUCUUCCUGCGCCUACACCAUCAGCUCAGAAGGGGUGCGGGGCACACCUGGCGUGGUGUCCAGCUAGCAUCUCGCUGUGGCAGUGACCAGGGAUGUCCCUGGACGCGUGUGGCUGGUGGGAGCAUGCAUCCACCCACUCCAGGCAGGACUGUGUGGCCACCAGACAAGCACCCUACUGAGUCGGGGGGUGUCACCUCCAGCACUUAGCAUGCUGCAGACACAGUGGGGUCACCCUGGCUCCUGCCGGGCCCAGCCCUCAGCCCCCAGAUGAUGGAUACCGUGCAUGAUGCCCGCCAGGCACCACUUUCAGGUGGGCUCCAGUGGCUGUCUCCCCCACACUGGAGUGGGACCCCAGAUGCCACGCUGAACUCUGCCGAUUCUC